AUGUGCGCCACAGAUAUGCCAUCGACUAGCCGAUCGGAACCCGACUCGUUCGGAGGAGAAGAUCCCGAUGAAACGGAAAAAAUGAAAGAUCUCCCAAGACGAACUCAGAUAUCAAUUAACAGUAGAAAAGAGGUCUUAGAUCUCCAGAACACAAAAAGACGAAUACGUAAGUGGAAAGCAAGAAUCCAUGGGUUGCGAACGGAUUUGAAUGAUACGAGCGGUCCCUUCAAACUCUCUGAUGAAGAACUGCAACAGUGCAUUGAUGAUGAAGAGCGAGAUUGGAAUGAGCGUGCAGAAGAAUUAGUGGAGAACUUAACAGAUUUUUUACCUCAAGAGCAAAUUCAUGCACUUGUUCCUGAAGUCACAAAAGAAGAUAUAGAGGCUCGGAGGAAAACUGGAAAAGUAAAGUUCAGGAAAAUACAAUAUAGUGAGGGAGAGCUGGAUGGAUCUGAUCUCAACAAACCAGCAUCACCGGAAAAUCCUCAUCCUUUCAAUCCCAACAUAGCCAUUCCUCCUGUUUAUUCCAGGACUGUUGCUCCUUAUGUUAACUAUGUACCUCUUCUACAAAACCUAGUCGAUUUAGGUGUUAAUCUUUUCGAAAUUGAUACAACGACUUCACUCUCGCGUCAUUUGAUCCGGCUUGAUAAAGAAAAAGAUGUUAAGCCAAAGUUACAAUGGCUUGUCACUCUCGGUUUCGAGCCCUCUCAUUUAGGAGAAUAUAUCACACGCAAUCCCUUUUUUCUGAUCCAAAGCUUAGAUGAUAUGAAGACAAGAGUCAAUUACUUAGAAGCAAAGAAGUUUUCGAAAGAUCAGAUAGUUAAAAUCAUAAAGGAGUUCCGAUAUUGGAUCAAUGUCGAUGUAAAAACUAUGGACGCUCGUUUAGGUUGGAUUCAGAAACAGUUCGGGCUAUCUGGUAAUGAAGUUCGAGCUUUAAUUGUUAAAGAACCAAGAGUUAUUAUGUUUGGGUUGGGUCCAUUACAAAGAUUAGUAAAUAUGCUUAACAAGGAAUUACUUUUUUCUGCCAAAGAAAUGAAAAGGAUGUUGUUGCUAGAUCCCCGGCUUUUCAUGAUGGAUGCCAAGUUCGUACUAAGUAAUUACUACUAUAUAUAUCGAGUCAUGUUGUUGUCGAAUGAGAUAAUAUCAGAAAACCCUUUCAUCCUUCGUUGCUCACUGAGCAGUAUCAAAAACCGUCAUGAAUUUCUACGAAAAAUGAACCGGAAUACAUACGAGGGACAGCGGCUGAGCGAAGAUACAAUCAGCGAAUCAUCAAAGUUGGAAAAUGACGUGAAGCCUGUGCCUUUAGAAAUUUUUUUACAUCCUAAUGAUGCUGUUUUUGCUACGAAAGCUGCUAACACGUAUCUCGCGAUUUAUAAUAAAACUAUGAAGAACUUAGUUAAACAGGGUGAUAAUCCCGAUAUCACUAAAGAAAGGCUCGGAGCUUCAUUCGAUGUAGACCGCAUGGCUUCAUUCAUCCAUGGUGGGGAUGAAAUCUUGAUAAGAAGAAGAGAAAUCCUACAAUUCGUGAAGUCAAUUAAGGAGUUUGACGAUCCCAUUCCAGUAGAGUUCAUGUCUCGAGAAGAACGAUGUGAGAACGGCACAAGAAAGAUAGUUGCCAUGACAGACAAUACAGAUGCUAUAGAUGGAUCAGAUUUUUUCGGCGAAGGAAUGUAUUUGCAAAGUUUGGUUAUGGGUCGAGAUUUACAUGCCAUGUCAUUACAUUACGUCAUGUUCAUUCCAACAUUACAAGGACAAACUGAUGAUGAUCAGUUGGACAAAUGGUUAACCUUAGCUAUAGUCAGAGGAGUUGUUGGAACUUAUGCUCAAACCGAGCUUGGUCAUGGUACGAAUUUGGCAAGACUGGAAACAACAGCAACGUACGACCCGAGAACUCAAGAGUUUGUGUUACAUACUCCCACUAUCACGGCGACUAAAUGGUGGCCAGGAGCUCUGGGAAAGUCAUCCAAUCAUGCUAUUGUGGUGGCUCAGUUAUACACAAAUGGUAAAAAUAUGGGACCGCAUCCGUUUAUCGUUCAAAUUCGUGAUGAAGAAACACAUAUGCCUCUUAAAGGAAUUAAACUUGGAGAUAUUGGUCCUAAACUUGGAAUAAAUGGUAGCGAUAACGGCUUCAUGAUUUUUGAUCAUUUGAGAAUACCCAGAGAAGCCAUGUUAAUGAGAUACUCUAAGGUUCUUCCUGACGGAACAUAUGUUGCUCCAAAGCAUUCUAAACUGGCAUUUGGAACUAUGGUGUUUGUUCGAUCUAUUAUGAUAAAAGACCAGUCCCAUCAGUUGGCAGCGGCAGCGUGUAUAGCUAUCCGCUACAGUGCUAUUCGACGACAAGGAGAGAAAGUUGCAGGAGAAGGAGAAGUGCAGAUAAUAGAUUAUCAGACACAACAGUAUAGAAUUUUCCCACAAUUAGCUCGUGCAUAUGCUUUCAUUUUUGCUGCAUACGAGAUACGUGAUUUGUACAUGCAGUUAACUGAACAACUGAUUGAAGGAAACGUAGACUUGCUGCCUGAAAUUCAUGCGUUAACCUCAGGGUUGAAAUCAGUUGUAUCAUGGGAGACAGCCCAAGGAAUAGAACAGUGCAGACUGGCCUGUGGUGGCCACGGAUACUCGCAAGCUUCUGCUUUCCCUGAAAUUUAUUCAUAUGCAGUAGGUGGAUGCACUUACGAGGGCGAGAAUUUAGUCAUGUUGCAACAAGUUGCAAAAUUCCUUGUGAAAGCUGCCGGAGAAGUUCGUAGCGGUAAAGCACGCUUAGCGGAGAUCUGUUCAUAUCUGGGCCAGAAAGGAAAAAUUAAGUCUUCUUUCAAACAUUGGAAUAGCUAUAGUUAUGAAGAGGUUGUCGCUGACUUCGAGCAUGUUGCUCGACAACAGGUAUUCCGUGCAUACGAUCUAUAUAGAGAACAUCAGAAAACGAAGUCUGUUGAGGAGGCAUGGAACUCGGCUUCUAUUGAGUUGUGCAAAGCUUCUAGGUGGCAUGUAAGAUUAUACUUGGUUAAGAAUUUCUUGAACAAAGUUCGGAAGGCAUCCGAUAAAACGCUGAGUGUACCUCUGACAUGUCUAUCGAAGCUCUACGCUUUCGAUCUGAUUGCACAUUCAGAAGGAGAGUUCUUAAAAAAUGGAUAUAUGAACGAGAACCAAAUCAAUAAUAUAAGGGAAGGCAUUUAUAACUGUCUCGCUGGUAUUAGACCAGAUGCAGUUGCACUUGUCGACAGUUGGGAUAUCGACGACAGAGAACUGAAAUCUGUGCUAGGACGUCGAGACGGUAACGUCUAUCCUGCUCUCCUAGAAUGGGUACAACAGAGUCCAUUGAAUAAAACUGAGGUUUUAUCUUCUUACCACAAAUAUCUUGGACCAAUGAUGAAAGAUGCAAAGUCGAAGAUUUAA